AUGAAAAGUGUUACAACUUUCAUUGAGCUUUUUCAGGAGCUAAACUACAAUCGAUCGGAAAAAAGGUUGAGUUGGUCAGGGCCAAUAAACUUGAGCAAACGGGAAAUCUUUGAAAUUAAUGCAUCCCUCAAGGAGUUGACUGCCAGUACGGCAGUGAGUCCAAAACAGACCUCAACCAUUAUCAAGUGUGUUGAUGAAUUAUGUAACUCCAUAUUCCAUGAGGAUGAGUGUGAAGAAAAGAUUAGUUACUUUUUGGUUCAAUUGUACUUGAACAGCUUCAUCAGGCAUCAUUUUUGUGACCUUACCAAAUCAUUGUGGCCCAUACUUGUAAAGUCGAACAUUGAUGUAUGUGAUUCGGCACUAUUUCAUACCCUUGCUGAGGACUCAUUGAGUAAUUGUCCAUGCUGGAACUGGUUGAGCACAACGAUAUUGACUAGAAUCGCCACUAAUGACACUACCAAAGGCUUAUUAAAAGAGACUCUCAAUUCAAGGGAUAAUUUGGCAAAAUUUGAGAGGAUGAAAUAUCUCAAUAGAGAUUUCACUUCCUUAAUGAACUUAAUCGGAUUAUUUGUGUCACUUGGACUUGACAAAACUUUUCUACCAGAUUUGACAACACCUUACAUAAAGUACAUUGAAUCCGCAAAUCCCAAUUUCAAGAACUUGAUUCAAUGCCAGACAAAGUCAAAUGUGGAGGCUUUGGCUAGUUCCCGAUGCUACAUACAACCUAUAGAUCGGAACUUGCUUCAUGUUUGGGUCGAAUCAAAACAACAAUUCCACUGUCAUCACGUCAACCUCAUGUGCUUUGAGUCAUUCAAAACUUUCCCAAACUUGAUCAUAAAACUAAGUACAUCUUGUGCUAAGGGGCCCAAGACAAGGUCCAAAAGUGACCUGCUGGAAGCUUUUAUUAGAUCAUUGGCGGUGAGACUUGCCGAUGGAACAAUUGAAAAGAACUUGGAGAUGCAAUUGCAAUUGACGGACGUGUUGCACUUUAAUUGGUUGGUGCAAUACUUGAGCUCGCUUCAGAAGAAAAGAAAAUUGGCAGUUAACACAUUGCCAGAACCACGAAACCCAUCUAAUAGUGCAAUAAAUACUACGGGUGAGAGAGCCAAACUCCAGAGUUUUGAGUCUAGAAGAAAUAAAGGUGUCUAUCAAACUGUUAAUCCUAAGGGAAAAGCCUCAAGAAAAAGAAAGAAGCUUUCAGAUGAAUGGGACUUGACUCUGGAUUUUGAAUCGUCUUUUGAAAAAACCAGCAUUGUUGAUCUGAAACGUGGAACAAAUGAGGUUCAAGUUUAUGAAAAAGAGGUGAUAAUCGAAGACGAGACUGGUAAAACCCCACAGUGUAAGGUUGGAGCUGAUUCUGAAAAAGAGGGCAGUGUUAUAUUGGAUAACCUUGUUACUGAAAGUGGUAAAGAACGGAGCCCAAACGUAAAGUCAAAAGGAGCUGGUCACCAACAUCACGAUGGAUGCCAAAAUUUAUCCUUACACAGGGCUAAUAGCACAAACGUUUCAUCGAGUUUGUUUGUUACAGAUGACAGUUCAAAGCAUGACCAAAGCGAGCUGAUGUCGUUAGUUGUUGCCCCAAAGGAGCGUGUCAAUAGAAUGGCCAAAACGCAAACAUCCAUGAGUAUUGAUGCACAAGCACCUGUCCGAACUUCGACACCUAUAAACGCAGAGUUUACUGAAUUCCCCACCACGACCGACAAGACGACAGAUACAGAAGGCGGUACGGUUGAUGUAAUGCAGGAUGCAUUGAGUCUCUUUUCCUCAAAUUUGGUGAAUAAGUUGAAACGAGUUGAGUUUCAUGUGCUCCAUAAAAGAAACGAUUUGCAAGCUGAGGUUGAUAAAGAAUAUAAAAAGAUUGAACAGAUGCAACGGGCAAAAUUAAAAGAGAUACAGGAAUACUGCAAAAAUGAGUUAGAAAAGAUCAUCUAA